GUGCAUCAUUACAGCGCAGCAGCUGAGUCAGCAUGGUCGCUCCAGCGCGGUUCCUGCGGCAUGCUCAGACGCUGGCGGCACGCGGCAGUAGCACAAGCCGCUGUGCAGCAGCCAGCAGCACGGCUGCUACUGCCGAUGCAGCAGCGGCGCCGGCGGCGACACAUGUACGACAGGCGGGGGCCAUGCCAGUGACACGGAGCUUCAACAGCGCUGCUACAGGGCUGAGCGCAUUGCGGGCCGGUGGCGGCGGUGGUGGCAGUCGCAGUUGCAGUAGCAGUAGCAUUUUCAGCACCGGCGGCAGCAGCGGCACUAGGGGCAACUGGUCAUCACGCGCGUCUUCGACACACGCUUUCAAAUCCGCUGCAUCCUAUGCCGGCAGUAGCGGCCAACCCUACAGCAGCGGCAGUAGCAGCGACGACCGCAGCGGCAGUAGCAGCAGCAGCAGCGGCCGGGACACGCCCAAGGCUCAGGGGUUCCGCAUGCCUGGCGAGUGGGAGCCGCACGCGGGCACGUGGAUGGCCUUCCCGCACGACCCGCACCUGUGGCGCGCCGCCGCCCGGCCGGCGCAGCAGCAGCUGGCGGCGGUGGCGCGGGCGGUGGCGCAGUUCGAGCAGGUGUGGAUGCUGGUGGACCCAAAGGUGCGGGCGGAGGCGCGGGCGGCCUUCCGCGGCGUGUCGGGUGUGGAGCUGGUAGAGGCGCGCACUAACGACGUGUGGACUCGGGACUGGGGGCCCACGUGCCUGGUGCGGGAUGUGCCCGUCGGCAGUAGCAGCGGCGGCGGUGGCAGUAGCAGUGGCGGCGGCCGGCGGCGGCGGGAGGUGGGAGCCCUGCACUUUGACUACAACUGCUACGGCUCCCCGCUGAAGGAACACCCGCUGAUGCCGGACUGGUCGCUGGACCGGGCGGCGGGUCGGGCGCUGCCGGCUCGGCACCCGGACGUGGUUCGGCGCGAGCACGUGUGGCGGGCGCCGCCAGGUCUGCACCUGGAGGGCGGCGCCGUGCUGUCGGAUGGAGAGGGCACGCUGCUGGUGACGGAGGAGUGCCUGCUGCACCCCUCCCGCGCCCUGCCCCCGCCCGCCUGGCGCCGCCGCCACCCCCACCCCCUGGACAGCCUGGCCCUGGGCCGACCCGCAGACGCACCCGCCGCUGCCGCCGUAGCGGCUGUAGCAGCGGCUGUAGCAGCGGCAGAGGCCACCAGCGGCGGCGGCGGCGGCGCACCUGACGAGGCGGGGCUGGGGCGGCGGGUGGAGCGGGAGUCGCGGAAGGCGGCUGUGGGGGAGAUGCUGUGUGAGUGGCUGGGGGCGGACAAGGUGCUGUGGCUGCCGCACGGGAUGGCGGGAGACGAGGAGGGCACCAACGGACACGUGGACAACGUCGCGGCCUUCGCCGCGCCCGGCAUGGUACUGCUGGCCUGGUGCGACUCACCAGACCAGGACCCAGACCAGACCAGACUAGCCGCCGAGAAUCUCGCGGCUCUGGCAGACCAGACCGACGCCCGCGGCCGCAAGCUGCGUGUCGUACCCGUGCCGUGCCCACUGCCUGUGCUCAAGGUCACCAGGGAGGAGGCGGGCGGCGCCGCCGCCGUCGCGGCGGCGGCGGCGGCUGCCGGGUACGGCGGCAGGAUGGCGGCGGGCGCCCGCCUUCCGGCGUCGUACAUCAACCACUACAUUGUGAAUGGCGGCGUUGUGGUGCCGCUGUUUGGCGGCGAGCAGCGCCGUAGCGAUGACGCCGCGCUGGAGGUGCUCACGGCCGUGUACGGUGGCGGCGGCGGCGGCGGCGGCGGCGGCGGCGGCGGGCGGCGUGUGGUGGGUGUGGACAGCCGUGAGGUGCUGCUGGGCGGCGGCAAUGUGCACUGCAUCACACAGCAGCUGCCGGCGGCCUGGGGGUAGUAGGUAGCAGGAUAGCGUGGGAGCACCGUUAAUGGUGGGGUAGUGUCAUACCUGUGAGGGCUGGCAAUUGGGGUAAGUAGUAUGGCAGUCUGCUGCGUGAUAUUUGAGUGUGGUGGCGCAGGAAGCGGGUUGGUGAGGUUGUGGUUGGAGGCAGACGAGCUAUGGGCAGUUAGGGAUACCUGGGGGUCAGAAGGCGAGUACAUGGUGGGAGCGAGUGGUGUUGAGCGAGGAGAGGACAAGGCCGGCUUGGCGCUCGCUGGCCCAUGUUGGGAGUGCGUUGAGUUGCUUGCGUUGAAGGCUUGCGUAAUGCAACACAUGGACAGGGAGUUGGGUUGCCUUCAAACAAGCAGGAGUUAUCCAGUACGUAGCGAGCGAGCGGAUGCUUACUUGUGUCUUGGGCACAGCGUGGGGCGUCAUGGCGUCCAUACAUGGGGCCCGAGAUGUGCUUAGCACUGCACCCUGAACACGUGAUGAGUCCGUGUAUGACUUGGUGACUGACCAGGCGUGCUGUAGCCCACGCACCUUAACGGUCUGCUACACGAACGGAGGUCUCUGCCGUCAAUCAGGACAGGCACUGCCGUAUUGCGACUGCACACGUGCACCCCUUCUUUCUGCAACACUCAGAUGCAGGUGCGCCGUGUUCCGGGCGACGGUUCCCUGCGAGUUGGGACCUGUUUGUGGGGCAGGGGCAUACCGUGAAAACCCCUCCC